CCUAGUGGUCUGAUGGGCAGAUCAAGUUGCAAACGGAAGCAGAAUACCACUGCGGAUUUUCAGAGCACACUAUCCAAUCCCUGACGCCCACAUGUCUUCCACUUCGCAUCUACCUGUUCUCAUCGCCGGUGCCGGCCCUACAGGCCUAGUGCUAGCGUUGACCCUCGCACAGAACGGGAUACCCUUCCGCAUUAUCGAAAAGGACCCUGAGUAUCACAUCGGCCAGCGCGGCGCUGCAAUCCAGCCUAGGACCCUCGAAGCAUACAAUCUUCUAGGCGUCUUGCCCGACGUUAUGGAGAAGGGGAUUCCGUGGAACGAAGUAUGGAUCUAUAAACUUCCUGGCGGAGUGGAGGUGGAAAAGAAGAUCCAGAUGAUGCCUACAUUGGAACCCACGCCAUCCAAGCCCUAUAUCAAUCCAUGGACGCUCGGCCAAGCUCGCGCCGAGGCGAUUCUGCGCGAGCACCUGGAGAAGUUGGGCAACCGCGUCGAGCUCGGCACUGAGCUGCGCAGCUUUGAACAGAGUGCCGACCGCGUGACAGCGCAGAUCGUGAAGAAAAACGAAGAUCUGGAGGUCUUUGAGACUGUAACCUGUCGUUGGCUGGUGGGGGCCGAUGGCGGAAAAGGGGUUGUGCGCAAUCAGCUCGGCCUGACUUUCCUCGGACAGUCACUGGCAUCGGAGAUGGUGAUAGGCGACAUCGAAGUGCCGGGACUGAAUCAGGAUGGGCACUGGCACAUGUGGAGUAGCCCACAAAUUCCGAUGGUUGCGCUGCGUCCGACUGAGGAGGCAGACCUAUUCAAUUUCGCCGUCGUCGGCGAGGUGGACUAUGCCAAGAUGAUGGAUGAUGAUGAUGAGAUCAUCAGGAUAAUCCGAAAGGGCAGCGAUAGAGAUGACCUCCAAUUCGGUGCAGUGCGCUGGAAAUCCGACUAUAGGCCAACGAUUCGAAUGGUCGACAAGUUUGGCGAUGGACGAGUUUUUGUCGCAGGAGAUGCAGCGCACGUUCACAGCCCUGCUGGUGCGCAGGGCAUGAAUUCUGGUGUUCAGGACGCACUCAAUCUCGGCUGGAAGCUCGCGCUUGUCGAGAAAGGCCUCGCCUCGCCUUCCCUUCUCAUAACGUUCACAGAGGAGCGCCUGCCCGUGAUCAAGUUCAUGCUGACAGAGACGUCGUCCCUCUUCCGACAGAUGUUCUCUGAGAAGUCCCAAGGCACCGACAUGGAGAACGGGCUACAACGCGAAUACCACAUGCGGCAGCUCGGUGUCAAUUACCGCUGGAGCUCAAUCGUUCUGGACGAGCGUGUACCUGCGAAGGCCGAGAAUGCUGUGCAAGAGCCCGAGGAUGUGUAUGGCAUCAAUAGCGACGGCGUGCCGAGGGCGGGGGACAGGGCGCUCGAGGCUCCUGGCUUGGUCAAUAUCAAGAGUGGCGAAUCGACCUCCCUCUUCCGCAUAUUUUCGACGACGCGCCAUACCAUACUCAUUUUCUCUCUCGAUGACACGCAAGUUGGCCUGGCGCUCGAGGCUUUGAGCCCAUAUCCCACGUCUGUUAUACGCUCCGCAAUCAUCUAUCCUCAAGAUGCUCCCAGCACCGCAAGCGCCAAUUCCGCAGACCUCGUGCUCAUCGAUCACGACAGCCAUGCUUACUCCGGCUAUGGCAUCGAAAAAAACGUGUCCAUGGUCGUCAUAGUCCGGCCGGACGGUGUCAUCGGCGCCGUUGCGAGAGAGGGCGAAGGUGUAAAGCAGUACUUCCUCCGUAUCUUUUCCGCAGUGGCCUGAUUUUUGGCAUACGUGUGUGGUGCCAUGAGAAGGCGCUAUAGCGAGGACAUAUGUAUAGUUUUUGAUCGGAAGGAGAGAUUCUGUACACUGUUGCUAUUUGGAUUUCUGCUGAUGUGUAAUAAAUCGCUUGACUUCAUUAGUGUAAAUUGCUCUCUGGGUCUUCAGAAGAAAGUGUGUGUAUAAGCGAUCAGGAUUCUCCACGAAUAAUGUAUCUCACAGAUGAAUUCGAGAAACUUGAGAUGUUAGCCGGCUAGGCAUUGCCAGACGCG